UCCGGCCUACGUGUCUCCCCGGAAGCGGGCUGGGUGUAGGUGUGGCGACAUGGCUCCCCCGGCGCCCGGCGCGGCUUCUGGCGGCUCCGGAGAGGUAGACGAGCUGUUCGACGUGAAGAACGCUUUCUACAUCGGCAGCUACCAGCAGUGCAUCAACGAGGCGCAGCGAGUGAAGCUGUCCAGUCCCGAGAGAGAAGUCGAGAGGGAUGUCUUCCUGUACAGAGCGUACAUUGCACAGGUCAGUGUGGGCACAAAACACUCGGCAGGAAAGCUGCUGUGGGCAGCCAGGCCAGGGGCCUGUCAGGGUUCUUACUGCCCUGUCCGCAGCACGGCCAUGACAAUUCAGAUCCUCCUCAAGCUGGACAGGCUGGACCUAGCCCGGAAGGAGCUGAAGAGAAUGCAGGACCAAGAUGAGGAUGCCACCCUCACCCAGCUAGCCACGGCCUGGGUCAACCUGGCUCUGGGUGGAGAGAAGCUGCAGGAAGCUUACUACAUCUUCCAGGAGCUGGCCGACAAGUGCUCGCCCACGCUGCUGCUGCUCAAUGGCCAGGCAGCCUGCCACUCGGCCCAGGGCCGCUGGGAGACCGCGGAGGGCGUGCUGCAGGAGGCCCUGGACAAGGACAGCGGCCACCCCGAGACCCUCAUCAACCUCAUUGUACUGUCCCAGCACCUAGGCAAGCCUCCUGAGGUGACAAACCGAUACCUGUCGCAGCUGAAGGAUGCGCACAGGACCCACCCCUUCAUCAAGGAGUACCAGGCCAAGGAGAACGACUUCGAUCGCCUUGCACGGCAGUAUGCGCCCAGCGCCUGAGGUGGAGAUGCCCCUGUGACCCCAGCUGUUCUGGAUGUCACCCCUGUGACCCCAGCUGUUCUGGAUGUCACCCCUGGUGACCCCAGCUGUUCUGGAUGUCACCCCNGUGACCCCAGCUGUUCUGGAUGUCACCCCUGUGACCCCAGCUGUUCUGGAUGUCACCUCACUUCCUUGUCUGCCAGUAAAGCCUGUCCGUCUUCUCUGCCUGA